AUGCUUCCAUCAUUACAACCUCGUCGACCGAAGCAAGGCUCCCAACACCAAAAUCCAAGCAGCCGGACAAACAUGUUCUCUAGCGCCCUUGGAACAAAGCAACCUUCGAGCCAGAUCGAAGCCAUGCCUCCAUAUCCUUCCGGUCACCUGGUGACUGUGCCUCAUACGGCCUCAUUUCCAAAUCAUGCGGGACUUCGGCCCUCAUUAAAACCACCGACCAUGCCCAUCACCACUCCAGUCUUUGACAGCGCAACCAGACACCCAGUUUUCUUCACCCACAACCUCCGAAGACCGCCGUUCCCCAUGCCCGCAGGUUCGGCAGCACACCCUGUAUCCUGGGGCUACAUCUUUGAUAAGAAAAAGCCAACAAGCGGGCACGGCGGUACGAUGUUAUGA